AACAGUGUGUGAGGGGAAGAGGCCAAUUUCACUACCCCGGUGUCUCUAGUUCUCGCUCUCUCUCUUUCUCUAAGGGUGUGCAUAGGGAAGAAGAGAAGGAACUCUAUAAUUAGCUCCCCCCUUUUUUUUUUUGCAGAAGGGGAAAAAAGCAUACACUUAUUAAUGCCAUUCUGUUGCACGAGUGCUUUUUUUUGGCUUAAUACCUCUCAACUAAAUAAUUGCACAAACUCCUUAGUACUGAUUCCGCCCAAAGAAGCGAGUCCUGGAGUCCGACUCUUUUUUGCUUUGCAUGGUCGGAAAGAGACUAAGUAAUACAGACUAUGCUGCUUUCUUGAGCGCUGAGAGCACUUGUGAACUGGAAUCAACUGCUGCAGGGUGAAAAAAAAAAACACUGCCUGGGAGGAGAAGGGGAAAAAAAAACUUGCAUUGGAGGAUUCAGCAACCAGCAUUAAAGAAACUACUCUCCACUUUAAGGCCGUCUCCAGAUUUUCAGAAAGAGGGAGACAGCCAACGGCACCACGGUGAGAGAAGAGCUUGCCUGGACCUACAACUCCUCAGCUAGGGGCUGAGUAUUUUUUGGGGGGAGGGGUGGCGGGAGGGCAUCUCUUCGGGACUUUUGUUAUUCUCUCCCUCCACCACCACCUCUCCCGUGAAGUUGAGGUUUCCCCUCACCUCACUCGCCCCAUUUUCUCUUCUUUUUGGCGUGUGUGUGUGGGUGGGUGUGGUGUAUUUCGCUUUGGGUACUUUGGAGGCUGGGGGGGGGAUCCUGGCGAGCUAUAGUGCAGCUGCCGCCGUCAGUGUGUGAGCUUGAGCCGGUGAGAUGGUGCAGCAGACGAACAACGCGGAGAACACGGAAGCGCUCCUGGCCGGCGAGACCUCCGACUCCGGGGCCAGCAUCGAGCUGGGCAUCGCCUCUUCCCCGACGCCGGGGUCCACCGCCUCUACCGGGGGCAAGGCGGAUGACCCGAGCUGGUGCAAGACCCCCAGCGGGCACAUCAAACGGCCCAUGAACGCUUUCAUGGUGUGGUCGCAGAUCGAGAGGCGAAAGAUCAUGGAGCAGUCGCCAGACAUGCACAACGCCGAGAUCUCCAAGCGGCUGGGCAAGCGAUGGAAGUUACUCAAGGACAGCGACAAAAUCCCUUUCAUUCGGGAGGCGGAGCGGCUGCGCCUCAAGCACAUGGCAGACUACCCAGACUACAAGUACCGGCCCAGGAAGAAGGUGAAAUCGGGUAACGCCAGCAGCUCCAGCUCCUCCUCCACCUCUUCCUCGUCCUCCUCCAAGCCCGGGGAGAAAGGAGACAAGGUCGGUGGCGGCGGCGGCGGCGGCGGUGGCAGCAGCAGCAGCAGCAGCAACAGCAGCAGCUCGGGAGGCGGGGGAGGCGGCGGCGUCGGCGGCGGCAGCGGUAGCAGCAGCGCCAACUCCAAACCCGCGCUGAAAAAGAGCUGCGGCUCCAAGCUGUCCGGCGGCGGCGCGGGUGGCGGGGGCGGCAAACCUCAUGCCAAGCUGAUCUUGGGAGGCGGCGGAGGGAGCAGCAAGACUUCUGCCUCCUCCUCGUCCACCUUCGCCCCGGAGCAGACGGCGGCGGCCGCUGCCCUGCUCCCCCUGGGCGCCCCUGCUGACCACCAUUCGCUCUACAAGUCCCGGACUACCAGCACCUCCUCCACUUCUUCCUCAGCUUCUUCUUCCUCCUCCUCUUCCUCGGCCUCCUCCUCUUCCUCGGCCUCCUCCUCCCUUUCGGCCUCCAGCAAACACCUGGCCGAAAAGAAGCUGAAGCGUGUGUAUAUGUUCGGCCUCACCUCCUCGUCCCCCGUGAGCGGGGCCGUGCCCGCCAGCCCCAGCCUGAGCGGGGGACAGGAGACCAGCGACGCGGGCAGCCUGUACGAGGAGGGCGGUGUGGGCUGCCCACCCGACGGGCACAGCCUCCGCGGCAGCGCAGCCUCGUCUCCAGCUGACGGCGGCUCCCCAGCCGACCACCGCAGCUACACCAGCCUGCGGGCCGCGUCGCCCACUCCCUCCAUGGCUCACUCCCACUCCUCUUCUUCAUCCUCCUCGUCCUCCUCGUCCUCCCACUCUUGCUCCUCGUCCUCCUCGGGUUCCUCUUCCUCGGAUGAGGAGUUUGAAGACGACCUGCUCGACCUGAACCCCAGCCCAAGUUUUGAGAGCAUGUCUCUGGGCAGCUUCAGCUCCACCUCCGUGCUGGACCGGGACCUGGAUUUUAACUUCGAGCCCGGCUCGGGCUCACAUUUUGAAUUCCCGGACUACUGCACGCCCGAGGUAAGUGAGAUGAUCUCGGGGGACUGGCUAGAGUCCAGCAUCUCCAAUCUGGUCUUCACUUACUGAAGAGAGCGAGCGAGAGAGAAGAGGGACGGGAGAAAAAAAAAAUUUUUAAAGGAGAGACAGAGAGGAGAGGAAAAAAAAGAAUACCCGAAGAAGGAAUGGAUAAAGGAAAGGGAGGACAAAAAGAAAAAGAAAGACGUGAAAAGGGGAAAGAUUUCGCACACCCACGCCCACUUAACAAGUUACAGUAUCCAGAGGAGUGAGUGAUUUCUCUGCCAGCCGGGUGCGUUUUUUUGGGGGGGGCGGUGUUCCCCACCCCAACAUUGACACCGCACCCCCCCCCCGGGUUCGUAAAACUGAUUUGUUCGAAAAAAAUUGAAAUGGGGGACCUGGAAGGAGCAGGAUGGAAAGGCUCGUUCUUUUGUUAAAACUACGUUUCCACCUCCUGCUUGAAGAGACCCCCCCCCCACUGCUACCCCCCCCCAACCCAACAACACAGACACACAACCAACCCACACAAACGGACACUUCCGGACGUCUCACCCCCAGGGGGAAAAAAAAAGCCAGGUUGUUGCUUUUCCGUGGACUGUAUGGAGUCGCUCCCCAUUCCUCCUCUCCCCCCCUUUUUUUGUGUGGAUUUUUUUUUUUAAGAGAGAAGGAGAUACGAUCCUAUACAACUCGGGGGGUUUGUUUUCGGCCCACUUCAUCUGAAGAAGGAAGAAGUGCUACAUUGUGUUGUAUUUUUUGCAUAGUUACGUUUUUUUUCCUUUUUCUUUCCUUGAAAGAUCCGGACUGGUAGGGAGUGAUUUGCGCGCCCGCGCAUGCAAGCCAGAACUGAAGCCUUCCUUUGCUACAAAUUCCAGUUUGGUGGUUUUUUUUUUCCUUUCCUUUUUCCUGCAGCAGGAGGAGGAGAUGGAGGGCGGGGGCGGGAGAGAAGGAGGGAUUGAAUUGUGCUAGGAAAUGGACUGAGAACCUAGUUGGAAGGAAAACGUGAGAGGGGGGUUGGGGGGGGUGGGAGAGAAAAGAGAUGAACUGGAAAUGGGGAAAAUAAUAAUAAAACAAACGGAUUUGCACGUAUAGAGGAGAGGGUAGCAGUUCUUUUUCUCAGCCACCUUCUUAUUAUAUAUAUAUAUGAAACCAGUAAGAUGGAACUUCAUAGACACUGAAAAGUUUUGGAAAGGAGACAUACAAAACGUGAAAGUUUCUGUAUUGAUGUGGUACAGGGGAAAUGGAGGGCGAUUGCUUUUAAAAAAACAAACAUUUUUUUCUUCUCUUAAUCGGAAUCGUGAUGGUGUUGGAUUAUUUCACUGGUGGGGUUAAUAUAGCAUGUUAUCCUGUCUAUCUUUUAAAGAUUUCUGUAUAAGACUGUUGAGCAGUUUUUAAGAUAAAUAGUGUAGGAUAAUAUAAAAAAGCAGAUAGAUGGCGCUAUGUUUGAUUCCUACAAACAACAAAAAAUUAUCACCAGCUUUUUUUCAUUCUUAACUCUUUAAAGGAUUCAAACGCAACUCAAAUCUGUGCUGGACUUUAAAAGAACAAUUCAGGACCAAAUUUUUUCUCAGUAUGUAUGUGUUUCUUCCUUAUAGGUGUAAGUGAGAAGACUGUGGUCUUUUUUUUUCCUCACCGAUGCUCCAUCCUCGUCUUUUUUUUUCCUUGUAAAUGUAAUCAGAUGCCAUUUUAUAUGUGGAAGUAUUUAUACUGGCCAAACAUUUUUUACUUUCCCCCCCCCUUUUUUUUUGGUAGUUCUUGUUACCCACACCAUUUUAUGUCUCCUUCACUGAAGGGCUAGAGUUUUAAGUUUUAAUUUUUUAUAUUUAAAUGUAGACUUUUGACACUUUUAAAAAAAACAAAAAAAGACAAGAGAGAUGAAAACGUUUGAUUAUUUUCUCAGUGUAUUUUUGUAAAAAAUAUAUAAAGGGGGUGUUAAUCGGUGUAAAUCGCUGUUUGGAUUUCCUGAUUUUUAUAACAGGGCGGCUGGUUAAUAUCUCACACACAUUUAAAAAAAAUCAGCCCCUAAUUUCUCCAUGUUUACACUUCAAUCUGCAGGCUUCUUAAAGUGACAGUAUCCCUUAAUUUACCACCAGUUUCCACUCUCUAACCUCACUCAUAAAAAGGAGAGAAUAAGCUGAUACACUGUAUGCCAACAAGAAAAAAAAAUAAUGAAAUGAUAUACUGUACAGUUGCUUUAAAAACUGGUGUAUUUUCAGCAAAAAGGGAUCCUGUAGCUUUAACUUAUAAACCAUAUCUUUUUGCACUUUUUUUAUAAGCAAAAACGUGCCGUUUAAACCACUGGAUCUAUCUAAAUGCCGAUUUGAGUUCGCGACACUAUGUACUGCGUUUUUCAUUCUUGUAUUUGACUAUUUAAUCCUUUCUACUUGUCGCUAAAUAUAAUUGUUUUAGUCUCUUAUGGCAUGAUGAUAGCAUAUGUGUUCAGGUUUAUAGCUGUUGUGUUUAAAGAUUGAAAAAAAGUGAAAACAUCUUUGUACAUUUAAGUCUGUAUUAUAAUAAGCAAAAAAAAAGAUUGUGUGUAUGUAUGUUUAAUAUAACAUGACAGGCACUAGGACGUCUGCCUUAUUAAGGUAGUUCCGUUAAGGGGUUUUUUUUGUUGUUGUUUUCUUUUUUGUUUUUGUUUUUUACUUUUUUUGGUCAUCCAUCCUGUGCAAUAUGCUGUGUAGAAUAUUUGUCUUAAAAAUCAACGCCACACCACAAUGUUUUGGGGAAAAAAGAAAAAAAAAGAAAAAAAUCAUGCCAGCUAAUCAUGUCAAGUUCACUGCCUGUCAGAUUGUUGAUAUAUACCUUCUGUAAAUAACUUUUUUUUUUUGAGAAGGAAAUAAAAUCAGCUGGAACUGAACCCUAAAACUUGACUGUUUUGUCAUUAUUGUGUCCCACAACUAGGACUGAAAUUGCUGAGCACCAUCUGCCUUUGCUAAUAAAUAAGUAAAUGCCCUCAAAGGGAGGUGCCUGUAAAAAGCAGUCUCUAUUCAGGAACACUAAACUCUUUCUUUUGCCUGGAAAGACUUGGCAGGCCUCAACCUUGAAAUGAUGGCUGCUGGGCUGAAAUGUGUGUCAACUCCGAAUGCUCUCGAGGAAUUUCCACAUAUUAACCAAAUACAAAGAAAACCCUUUUUUUUUUUCCUGGACAUGAGAAAAGUGGCAAAGGACAAAGUGAGCAAAAUCUUGGCACAGCAUCAUGACAGCAGAGGAAAAAUAUAUUUUCUCCAGAUGGAACUGACUGUUUUCAUCUGCUUCAGUUUAAGCCCAUCAAACCACCUUCAGGUCAUUUCAGCAGUCACCAUCAAAGAUUGGGUAGAAUUAUUCAUUUAAUAUGCAGGUAGAGGCAAGAACAACAGACGAGCUUAUUUUAAAUCAACAGUGGGUUGUGAGAAUGACCGGGGAAGCAGCAAGCACUAUUGAUGCUGAAGUGUUAAAGUGAUUUUUCAAAAAAUUGACUUACUAAUUUCUGAAAGAGGAUUGAAAACAGGUUAGGUUUUUGUGCAAACUGACAUUUAUGGACUAACUGUUUUGAGUGCUGUCCAGCAAGGACAUUAAUUCAAAGGGGGUGAAACAGUAAGAAUGCCCUAGGGUAGUCUAUUCGUUGGAUGAUAAGGGGAAAGACAUCUCACCCACACUCAGUAUAAGGUAUGUAUUAGCCAUAUCUUAUGAGAGGAAACAAAUGCAUGGUUUUUAUGAACAUCUACCACAAUACAUUACUAGUUUUGCUAGCUAAAUGGGAGCUAUACCAGCUUUUCCUCAAUAUUUGGUUUGUAAUGUGCAGUAUCAAGCAGCACCAUUUCCUGGUUAUUUUGUGAUUAAAAUAAAAAAAUAACCUGCCCCAUUCCCAUUUCCCAAAUGUUUAUUUAAGUAAUUUAAAAAUUAUUAAUGGUUUUCCGCCUCUCUGGAUGGAGAUGAAAGCAAUGAUAAACAGGGAUUUGAAAUACUCCAGUGAUCAAUGUGGAUGCCUCUUGGUAGAGGAGAUGAUGAUCACCCUAGGAUGCAAGACUCAGAGCAGGGAAGUCGUAUGGCACUACUGAUAGGAACUAAGAAAUGGAGUCAGUGGAAAGUAAAAUGUUUCCACAAUUAAUACAGCUUAUGAUAUUCCAAUAAAAAUUUACCUCUUUCUCAAAGAUAACAAUUCUGACUCCCCCCCCCCAGACUUUCUAGUAACUGUGACAUCUAAGUGCAGCCUUUACU